AUGGAACUUAUAUUGGACGUGAACACCCAAAUUUAUCCAAUCAAUCUCAAUGAUAAGUUCCGCUUGAUGAUCACUACUUCUGUUCGCGAUGACGGUAUGCCUGAUGAGGGAGAGUUUGACCCACUGGCCAAUUAUUCACGUGUCGCUCAGUUUGAGUAUGUAAUGUUCGGGCGAGUUUAUCGAAUAGAAGGAGACGACACGGGAUCUGAUGGUAGCAGAAUUGCAGCUUAUGCAUCCUUUGGUGGCCUUCUUAUGAGGUUGAAAGGAGAGGCAGCUGAAGUAUCACGACUAGAGCGUAUCGCGGAUGCUAUGCAAAGAGGAGAGAUGACCGAUGAAGUCCUUGAAGCAUGUCCCGAGCUUGCCUCGGCUUUCAAACUGCAAGAGAAACUGAAGUACAGGAAAAUUAUCCUUGAACGGAGCCUUGCUGAACAACUUGAAUCCAACAAAGCGAUGGAGUGUGCACCUAAAAGUGUGAAACACCCCAGUGGAGAAGAGCCUUGUGCCAAAAAUGGAGUUCCGGUCGCUAAGAAGGAGAAAGGUACUUGUUUUUACAGUGGUGUGCUUCCAAAGGCGAAGAAGCACAAUUAUGUCAUUGUCAAGGACUACGGCUCCAGCAUAAUAAGCAGGCUCUCUGAUCUGUUUAAAGACGCUAUUAAAGAGGCCUUCCCUUCCAUUGAGAACGUCUCCGUGGCAUUGACAGAAACCACAAAUCCGAAGUUUGGCGACUACCAAUGUAAUUCAGCAAUGGGAAUAUCUGCGAAGUUGAAAGGAGCUGGAACGGUUUUGCGGCCAUUUGAUGUUGCCACUCAAAUCAAGUCGAAGGUCCCGCCAUGUGAUUUGAUUGAAAAGAUUGAAGUCGUCCCUGCAGGAUUCAUCAAUGUCUUUUUGAACAAAUCUUUCAUAGAAGCUCAAAUAGGGAAGAUAGCAUCAAAGGGUGUUCAACUUCCGCAAAUAGAUGCGAGACGAGUCAUUGUCGAUUUCUCGUCACCAAACAUAGCCAAAGAAAUGCAUGUGGGGCAUCUGCGCUCAACCAUCAUAGGCGAUUCAAUCUGUCGUCUUCUAGAACAUGUCGGCUUCGAUGUUCUCCGGGUCAACCACAUUGGUGACUGGGGAACACAAUUUGGAAUGCUGAUCGCAUACCUUUAUGAUAGGUAUCCUGAUUUUAUGAAACAACCGCCUCCUAUCAGUGAUCUGCAAGCAUUUUAUAAGGAAUCCAAAAAACGUUUCGAUGACGAUCCGGAGUUCAAAAAACGCGCUUACGACUGCGUCGUAAAGCUGCAAAGUUACGACCCAGAAAUCGUGAAUGCUUGGACCAUGAUUUGUAACAUUUCGAAGAAAUAUAACCAGAUCGUGUACGACCGACUUGACAUUGUAUUGGAAGAUGUAGGGGAGUCCUUCUAUCAGAAAAUGAUGAUCACUCUAGUGGAAGAUUUGAAGAAAACUCAAUUGGAUCGUUUCCGAGAAGAAGAAGGGCGCCUCCUCUAUUUUCCAGAGAAAUGUGAAGUACCACUGACCAUAGUGAAAAGCGACGGAGGAUAUACAUACGAUACAUCCGAUUUGGCUGCUCUGCGAUACCGACUGCAUGAGAAAAAAGCCGACUGGGUUGUUUAUGUCGUCGAUGCUGGUCAAAGCUUACAUCUAGAGACUGUUUUCGCCGCUGGCCGCGAACUUGGCUGGUAUGACGAAUCACGACAGCGCGUAGAGCAUGUGGCUUUCGGACUAGUGCUUGGAGAGGAUAGGAAAAAGUUCAAAACUCGAUCCGGUGAAACUGUUCGCCUUCUUGAUCUUCUUGACGAAGGAGUUAAACGAGCUGCGGCUAAACUCGAAGAGAAAGGAAGAGCAGAUGUGAUGAAUGAGGCGGAGUUAACAGCUGCUCGUGAUGCCGUAGCCUAUGGUUGCAUCAAGUACGCGGAUUUAUCUCAUACUCGCACUCAGGACUAUGUGUUCUCAUUUGAUCGAAUGCUUGACGACAAGGGAAACACUGCUGUUUAUUUACUGUAUGCGUACGCCAGAAUACGAUCUAUUGUGAGGACGUCGGGUGUUGCUGCCGAAGCACUCAGUGACUAUAUCGCGCACAAUCCAACUAUCCCAAUCACUCAUCCUGCCGAGUUGACGCUUUCGAAGCAGAUUCUCAAGUUGGCUGAUUGUAUCCUGCAAGUGCUGGAUUCACUGAUGCUCCAUCAGCUGUGCGAUUACCUUUAUCAACUUGCUACGAUAUUCCAUGACUUCUACAGCGCAUGCUACGUGAUCGAGAAGAAAAGCGGUAAGGUUCUUUUCUCUUUUGAAUAG